AGUCAUCAGCCCUUGACACCUAACAUCCCCCAGUGACAAUUAUCUCCUCACUAACAGGUUUUCACAGCUUCCCUGUGAACUCUUGUAACAGACUUUUGACACCUAUAUAAUUAUCCAGGUAGAAGUGAUUACCUUUCUCAUAGUAAGCCUGUCCUCUGAAUGGUCAACAUGCAGGUAAAAUAGUCUUACUGUUAGUCUUAGUAUAGAUUAGUACUUGGUGCUCUACUCCAAAAAUACUCUAAUAUUAAAGCAUUAUUUAGAGGUUUAGAAUAUACCGGUAUCUGGGAUAUAGUGGGUAGUUCUAUGUCUGGAUUAAGUGGGUAACUCUAUGUUCGGAUUUUAAAGUGGGUAGCUUUAUGUCUGGAUUAAGUGGGUAGCUUUAUGUCUGGAUUUAGUGGGUAGCUUUAUGUCUGGAUUAAGUGGGUAGCUUUAUGUCUGGAUUUAGUGCAUGGUAGCUUUAUGUCUGGAUUUAGUGCAUGGUAGCUCUUUGUUUGGUAGUGGGUAGCUCUAUGUUCAUCCUCUGUUAGUAAAAUUACUGACAAUGGCAACACUGGGCAAUUACAUCCUAUGUGGCGUUUGCCGGGUGAGCUGCACUGGCCAUGAAGCUGUGAAUUGUGAGAAGUGUGUCAAAUUGCUCCACAAAAACUGCGAACAGUUGUCCGAGUUGGAUUUCAAUUUCUUGCGAAAUUGCACUCUGCCCUACAUUUGUUCUAGCUGCUGUAAGAACGAUGUGGGGACCUUUGAUUACGACCAGUCUCUGAGUAGGUUAGGGUCUGCUAUUCAGUCUGGGUGCUUAGAGAUGGGAGUUAGGAUGGAAACCAUUUUCAUGCGGGGGCAACACAAGCGUAUGCCUUCAGGGGAGGGUGUUAGAUUUAACCAUACAAUGAGUAUAGAUAAAGUAGCCUCCCAUUUGGCAGGAAAAACAGGUGACUAUGUGCCUGCGUUGGUGAGGGGGGAUGGGAAUGGUCUGUUUAAUGCCAUAUCAAUGGCCAUUCAGGGGGAUGAGAAGCUGGCAUCUGAGAUUAGGGUGAGGACCUGUCUAGAGAUGUACCACCACAAAAGCUACUACAUCAACAAGCAUAAGGUAGAUUGCAUAGACUUUGUAAGUCCUCCAUAUGAGCAAGCUGUUCAGGAAUGUGGUCAGAACUUCCAUUUUUCUAGUUGCUGGACUAUGCAUGCUGCUGCAUCUGUGGUAUCUAGAUGCAUUAGGUCUCUGUACCCUGCAGUUAAUGGUAUCUGUGACACAUCAUUUCCAGUUUUAAACUGUUAUUUCAAUCCCCGCGCUCUGGGGAGCAAGCACACCAUAAGCAUUCUAUGGUCCAGCGAGUCAAAACACAGCCGGGGUAUCUGGGUCCCCAACCGUUUUGUCCCUAUGUUGCCCCUCUCUCUUGAGAAACCUUCACAAGCAUCUUCUAAGGUUAGUGCACCCCUUUCCAUCUUAGCACAUCCUUCUGCAAAAACAACACACACUCUGCCUAGUUCUACAGAAGAGACAGAGCAUCUUCUCUCACUGAAGAACACUAGCAACUCUUCACACACACCUGUAAAGUCUGAACUGUCUAAACAGAAAGACCUGGCUGUAGGUGUGAAAGAUUGUAGUGACAAACCAUGUAGACCUUCUGGUAAAAGACGAGCCACUGACGACAGACAAAAUGAAGACACCAAACGCAGAGGGAUAGAGUCUGAUCAUGUUUCACAGGGUCACAAUUUGGCAGACGACAUGCAGAAAAUUUACGAAUUAGUGGAAUCUGGUAACUCUUUGGUCAAAUCGAUCAUCCAUGAAAAGGGCAAGGCCCCCGGUCUGGUUUUGUACACAGACGAUCAGAUCGAUGACAUGAAGGCUCUGUGUUGUAACGGGCAGACAGUUUUAGGUGUUAGUAAACCCGUCCAUCUCUGUGGGGUAACCGUGACUACAACCUACUUCACACAAAUCAGGGUGACAAGAAAGAGCUCCAGGUCUAAUAACCACCCAGUCUUUUUGGGUCCUCUGUUCAUCCACGGUGACACUGACUUUGAGUCCUACUGCCAAUUUUUCAAUCACCUUACAAUCAAGCUAUUCGACACAGACAAGUCGAAGUUGGUAUUUAGUUCACAUUGGGAUGCAAGUCUUGUCGAGGCUAUUUCGACGUUUUUUCCAGGUUUGAAACACAUCAAAAAACAAAAAUCUUUCAAUCACGUUAUGAAACUGGCAGCUGAUGGCAAAGGUCUUCUUCAUCUGGUCAACAGUUUGUACAUUACCAUUAGGGCACAAUAUGCUGAGCUCAAAAGAUCAAUAUUAUUAUGGGUAGGAGAGUAUUAUCCGGCCGACACACACAAACAUUUCAGCUCUUCACAUACGCUUUGGGUAUCCAUGACAAGAGAAGAAAGAGACAGGCAUUACAAAAGGUUUCUAGAAUAUAUUCCUGAAUGUUGAAAAUGUCUCAACCAUGUUUAUUGUUAACAAAACUGCAGUGACAAUACAGUGAUUUGUUGACUAUUGAUAUUAUUAUUAUAAUAACAGCUUUCAUGUUAGUGUAGGGCUAGUUAUCCUUACUUCUCCCCCGCUAGCCGGGUGUGUCCAGUGAAUGAAGUUUGGAUCUGGUGUAUGUUAUAGAGUAUGGUAUGCUCUUUCCUAGCACGUAAUUACUAGAUCUAGAGAUAUGCUUCUUUAAGAAAUAAUGCAUGCUUUAAUCCAGUGUAAUCGCUACUAACCUAUUCCCAAUUACAGAAGGGUGUUAUGGAAUACCUAUUUUGGGUGUUUUUACUUAUUAGAGUGAUUUUAUAGGCAUAAAUAUUUUGGGUUGGUAGGAUGAUUUUACUUAUUUCUCCCUUGCUAAGACACGUGUGCUAGGAAAUAAUUUUUUUUGGAUUAGUAAGGUGUUUUUCUUAUUCCUCCCUCACACAUAGACAUGUGUGUUAAGUAAUGUACUGUAAAUUCUUUAUUUUGUCCAAGUACUCAAUUUUGCCACAUCAUUACUUUAUAUCAAAUUGCGAGAAUAAAAAUUUGCGAGCACCAAUUUUCUGUCAUAAUUCUAUAUAGUUCAAAAUGCCUGAAAAAUGUACCGUUUUUGGGAAGAGUGGGAUGUUUUUACUUAUUCCUCCCUCACAUAUUAGAUGCAUGUGUAUAGGAAUAAAUUUUAUGAGUGGGUCAGAUGUUUUUACUUAUUUCUCCUUCACUUAAAUAUGAUUUAUAAAAAUAAAUUGUUUGUGGGGUUGGGUGAUGUUUUUACUAAUUCCUUCAUUUAGAAAUGUGUCUUUACUAGGAAUAAAUUUUUAGGAAGAUGGGGUGUUUUUCCUACUUAUUCCUCACUUACUUAGGGAAUAGUGUUUUGGUUGGGUGGAGUGUUUUUACUCAUUUCACCUUGCUUAUAAGUGUGUGUUCAGGUAUAAAGUUCUUGUUUUACUUAUUUCUUCCCUACUUAGAGACCUUAGAACCAAGCUUUUAGAAAUACAGUAAAACAUGCUUAUAAGCAAACAAGUUUAUAAUGAAUUAACGCUUUCAGUGAAGUGAAUUUUGUUCCCAAUUUGGGUUUUAAAUACAUUGUGAAGCAAACUGAUUUUAGAAUUUACAUUUUUAAUAUAGCAAAAUCACCUUCUCUAUCUCCAAUAUACUAGUAGUCUGACUAGCAGUUAAUCCUAGACAAGAGGCUCACGAGUCUCACUUUUGUCCCUCGAUUGCACAGCUGCAGCAAUAGCUAUACAUUGCUAUUUAAGUUUGAAGAUAUACAUAUAUAUGUGCUGUUAGGUUGUUUUUGCUAUGUUGGAAACCCGGCCGAAACUUAGUCACUGUGAUGACCUGUAUCAGCAGUGAAAUGACUUCCGUUUCACAUAUGAUAACAUUUUUUUUGAUAGUCUACAUUCUUUUAUUUUAUUCUUGUCAUGCAUGUAUAUGUUCCAGUACUUUUAGCAAUUGUUUAUGGACAUCUAAACAUUCUUUAUUAUUUAUUUCGGAGGGGUUUUAAAGCUGUUGUUUACCACAUUUACUUCUUGACAUCAAAGGAUGACAGUGCUAAGUUAAUUAGUUGAUUAGCCACUAGUGACAACCUAACCCAAUAGGCAAUUCAAAGAAAAACAUUACCGGUACCGUAUACAGGGAAAUAUUCACCACCGUUUUAUUUUCGCCACUUUUGACCUCGUUGUCAGCAGGCGAAUUUUAGAUUGGGCAAAUUCCAAUGCCUAAAACUAUCUCUCUUUUAACACAAGUUUGUCUGGGCAAAUUUAAGACUGGGCAAAACUAUUUGCAAGUGUAGAAGGGCGAAAAUUUCACAGGGCGAAAAUAACCCUGUAUACAGUGAUUCUUGUUGAUAAGUUUUUUUAAGGAAGAUAGUUUUUUAGACUUUUGGACUGUAAGGAUUAGAGAAACCGUGUAGGGUGUUUAGAGACAAAUUUCCACAUGAAUUUGGGUCCCUUACUCCGAAUUACUGUAAGAUAGGAACAAGACUUGGUUUUUAUUGUUACCAGUGUCUGUAUAUAUUGGGUUAUCUAAAUUUCAAUCUUUAAUAGACCAUUCUUGUAUCCUGCCAUUUGAACUUUUGUGCAUUCUUCAUUAAUUCAUUCCCCUUGAGCUAAAUUCCCCCAAUGAACAUGCUUGUUGCCUAAUUAUGUACAGACGGGGUCACAGAAUGGUUGAGAAUUCGGUUCGUUUUCUAUAGAUUUCUUUCACAGUGCAUUUCCUAAUUCUUUGGAUUUCCGUGCUGUCAAAACUGUUAUUUGUGACUCUAACAUUUUUAUGAAAAGGAAAGAGACCAAUCCAUACAGAGACGGCGUGCCAUUUCCUGUUAGUGAGUACAGCCACUUUUAUCACAUGUGACACAGUUUAGAUGACUUCCUAUUGCUUUUAUUUUUGACAUUUAUAGAUUGAAUAUUGUUUAGCAGUUUUUAUCACUGAUAAUGGCUCCCUCACUCCAAAUCCCAUCAAUGUCCCAAAAUACUUCCAAUCCUGACAACUUUUUGGCUACUAUAUCAGCUGCAAGAACAAAAUUCAAACCAAGCUUUUAAUGCCCUUGUUGAUACUGGUUGAUGACAUUUUUUUCUCAAAGUUUUGAUGAACAUUUACAACAUUUAGAUCUCAUUUUUCAAAAACUUUGCAAAGCCAAUCUUACCCUUCAGCCAACAAACUAAAGUAAAAAAACUUGGACACAUCAUUUCUGAGAAAGGAGUUGAAGUGGACAGAGCUAAGAUUGCUGGAGUAGCUGACUUCCCACAACCACGAAACUCUAAACAUGUUGGUAGCUGCCUUGGGAUGUGCAAGUACAUGUACUAUCGAAAAUUCAUCAAAGACUACAGCAAAAUCUCAGUGCUCCCAUUUGAAUCUUCUUAUGAAGAAAAAUAUCAAUUUCCAGUGGAAACCAGAACAUUCACUGUUGCUUUCAACCUUCUGAAGUGAAAAUUAACUUCAGCAUUCAUCCUUGUCUUUCACGAUUUUAGCAAACCAUUUGUAUUAUCUGUUGCUGUCAUUUGAAACAUGUACGACUUAUUACAAUUGGGACAAAUAAACAAAUAAAGGAGGAUGGGGGGUGUGCACUCUGGGAUCAGGAAAAGGGAUGGCAUAGAAACCAUAAAACGUUAAACAAUUUUGCAUUUCUGCACCUCUGCGAAAUUAUAAUUCUACUCUCAAAUCAUGACUCACGCAUGGCUGGUGGCAGACACAGAGGACAUAAGUACAAAUGCUGCUCUCCGCGCCAAGUGCUACUGGCCAAAUAUUCAGAUAUUGAACAAUACACCAAAACCUGCAAAACUUGUUCACAGGACUACCGGUACAAGUGGAAAAUAUGCUAAUGAAAUUCUAAGUCAUUUGUUCGAACCUUUCUUCAGAAAACUUGACACAGAAAGCAGUGACUGCAAUUCAGGGAAGGAUGUGUCUAAAGUCUACUUCUUUAAAGACAGACCAACACUUUCCAUGCUUCAUCUUACUCCUUCAAAAGUCAAAAUGUCAAGAAAUUGUCACUCAUCUUCAGAAUGCAUUUUAGCAUUUAUAAUGACUUUCUAUGAUCACGCAAAUCUCUUCCAUACAGAUGCAAUCUUCUAAAUUGUUCAGCUGACUGCAAAUUAAUUAAUUUUUUUUUUUAGAAAAAAAUAACUAUCAGAUUUUCAUUUUGGGCCAUUUGAUAUAUGUCUUGUGCCCUAGGUAAUGUGUUUGCACAGCACAUUGUCACCAAAGAACUGCAAAUGAUAGCAUUGUCUAGCCGCCUAACUAAAAGUCAUUUUUUGAUAAUUGUCUAAUUAAAUUUGUUUUUUUUAAAUAAUGUGAACAUUUAUGUAUAUUUUUUAACUAAAGGAAAACGUUGUUCUUUAAAAACAUCUGUCUAUUAUUAAGUUUUAUGCAUAUAUUGGCCACUAAAUAAUAUUUUCCUAGCUCAUGAAGACUGAUUUCAAU